AUGGAUGAUAUAUAAGUGAAAGUUUUUAUCCCAGAAAAAUCUAAGGUAGCAACACCAAAAAGAGAUCGCAAAUUAGAACAUUAAUAAAGGAAACUCAAAUAAGAAUAGAAAAAAUAAAAAUAUUUUGACAAAAUCCAUCAAAAUAAACAAAAUGAUUAAUAGCCACAACAUUAAAUUGAAAAUCAAGAAGAUCAACAAAUCAAUUAAACAAAUGAUAAAAAACAAUAAUAAAGAAAACCAAGAGUGCCUAUGAAAUAAUUAGUUAUCCAUUAGAAACCACAAAGUGUUACUUUACCAUAAAUUAAUGUCGAAUAAGAAGGUGAAGUCUUUACUGAAUAAUAUUUUGAAGACCUCAAAAUUCAUCCUAGUGUCAAAUUGGGAUUAAAAUCAAGUGAAUAUAUUAAAAUGACUAAAAUCUAAUAACUAGCCAUUCCUAUCAUAGAUACAAGUAAUUAUUUAUUUCUAUUUUAUUAGAAGCUAAUACAUUUAUUAAAUCUGAAACAGGUUCAGGUAAGACACUUGCUUAUAUGGUACCACUUAUAUCUCAUUUAAUGAAUUCUGAAGUCAGAAUUACUAGAGAAUAAGGAACUUAUAUUUUAAUUGUUUGUCCAACAAGAGAACUCUCUUUAUAAUGUGUUGAUGCAGCACUCAAAGUAGGAAAGAAAUGUCCUAACAUAGUUGUAGGUGCAUUGGUUGGUGGAGAAAAUGCAAAUCAUGAAAAAGCUAGACUCAGAAAAGGUGUAACAAUUGUUGUUGGUACUCCUGGUAGAAUAUUAUAUCAUAUUUAAAAUACACAAAGUUUCAAAUUUUCAAAUAUACAUACUUUAGUUUUUGAAGAAUGUGAUAGAAUUUUAGAUAUGGGAUUUUAAAAGGAUAUUGAAUAAUUGAUUUAAUUAUUUAGUGAUAAAAUUGAUAUUCCAUCUUGUUAAAAAAUCAUGGUUUCAGCACAUGUCAAUUAAAAUAUUUGUUAAAUUAAAGGAUUAGAAAUUACACCUAAAAAUUAUAAAUUUGUAGGAUUCUCAAAAUAAUUUAUUAAAGAUACUAAAAAUAAAGAUAUUGAAAUAAAUGAAGAUAAUUAAUAAUGUGAUUGGCUUGGAGAAGGUGAUCCUACAUGGUAAAUUCCAUCAACUCUUAAGUAAUAUUAUACUCUCAUUUAAGAACAUCAAAAAUUGGCAUUUCUUUUUGCAUAUAUUCGUACAUAAAUAGGUAAGAAAACUAUUAUCUUUGUAUCCACUUGUGAUGAAGUUGAAUUUUAUUCAUUUCUUUUUUAAUAAGUUUAAUAUUCUAAUCCUUUUAAGAAUGAAGAAUAAAAACAUGUUGAAGAAGAAGAAGAAGAAAAAAAAUAAGCAUUUAUAACAUAAGAGGUCUAUAAAUUACAUGGAAAUAUUGAAUAAUAAUAAAGAUCUAAAACUUAUUUCAAUUUUAAGAAAAGCAAACAUUAAGAUGGAUGUGUUCUAAUUUCAACUUCUGUAGCAUCAAGAGGUUUGGAUUUUCCUGAUGUAACUAAUAUCUUAGUUUUUGAUCCACCAGAUUCUUAUGAUGAUUAUGUUAAUAAAGUAGGAAGAACAGCAAGAAUUAAUAAAAAUGGUAUCAGUCUUAUGGUACUUUUUGAAAAGUAUUUAUUUUAUUUUUAAUCUAAGUCUUGAAUCACAAUAAUUUAUUGAAGAAAUCUAAUCUCAUUUAGCAGCACCUCUUAAUCUAGUUGAAUCAGAAUAAUAUUUUAAGGCAUUUUAAUAUUAUUUAUUUGAAACAAAGAAGAUUCAUGAUAAGAUGCCUGAUAAAUUCUUAGCCUUAAUGAUUAAAUAAUUAAUCAAACAGGAUAAAGAUUAUUAAUUACAAUCAAGAAGGUUUAAUUUAUCAUUCAAUUUUUAGAGCUUAUGUAAGUUUUCUAAGAGCAUAUGGAAGAUUAAAAAGUUUUAAGAUUAAGACUUUGAAUUUACAUAAUCUAUCUAAAUCUUUUGCUCUAGAAAAAGCAUUCUCUGAAGAUACAAAAGAUGAUAGAUAUUAAAAAGAUUUAAGAUUUAUAAAUCGAGAGAAAUUUAGAUAAAGAGAAGAAUAAGCAAAUGAAACUAGAUGGGAUAGAGAAAGAAAAAAGAGAAGAGUAAUGUCUUAGGCAGAAUUAAGUAAAAUGGAAUUCAUGUGA